CCUUGGGUCCACCUUCUCAACGGAUAAAAACCCUUUCUGGACUCAUCUUCUUCCUCUCGCUACUGAAUCUUAACCCGACCCGAAUUCCGACUGCAAUUUCCCCAAAUCCUGGCUUCUCUCUCCGAAAUGGCUCCUACAAAUCCUGAAACCUGGACCCACGGACCCUCCAUUAUCAAAGAGAACGAACUUCGAGAGAUGGCCAUGCUUCUGGGCAAGGGCUUCCGGGUCCACCAUCCCGAUGCCGUUGGGGGGAUCAGUUUAUCUUGCAAUCCAAACCCCCAAAGAUAUAUGGUCAUGCAUUACCACUCCGUGGAAAAUGGAUUUAGGUUGCCCCUCCACGGCCUGCUCCGCGACCUCUGCCUCCAUUUCGGAUUUGCUCCGGGUCAAUUGACUGCCAACGCGCACAAGUAUGUCGCGUCCUACAUCUUGCGGUGCUGUGCCCUGGAUAAAACCCCGAAAUUGGACGAAUUCCUUCUCCUCUUCAGUAUCGGUGGUUUCCCCUUUUACAGCCUAUACCCCCACAACCAUUUCCCAAUUUUUGAGAAGGUUGAGUUCAAGUAUGAAAAAUGGUCAUUGAGAUAUUUCGUUAUUGAGUUCCCGGCUCACAGCCCCCUUGAUCUACCGGGUGUCGUCCUCCGCCGUUCCAUUUCCCGGACGAAAUUUGCUGCAGCAGAAUCAGCGGAGGGGGUGUACAAUGCCUUAAGAGAGAAAGAGGGUUUGAUUUCACACCACUCCCUUCAAGACGUCCAACUGUACAAGAAGGCGGGUUUUUACUACCCCCUGGGUCCUGACCCGUUUCCCUUUGAAGGGGUGCCUUCUCCUGAGAGAUCGAAGGCUCCUUCUGCUGCAGAGUCCAACCCGGCCGCGAGCUCCUUCAGGGACCAAUUCCAAGGCAACUCUACUGCCCUUGUUAUUUGCAAGCCGGCUGUCGCCUUGGACGUUACCCCCAUCUCUGCCAUCCCUAGGCUCAGGAGGCCCACUCCAUCCCAGAAACGGCCAAGGGAGGGAGUCACUGAUGAUGAUUUCCUUCCCAAGAAGAAUAGGGGUGAUGGCCAAACAUCACUCAGAAAACCAAAAGUGCAGCCCCAGUCUGAUGCAAACAAUCCCCUCCCUCAAACUGCAUCUGCUCCCCAAGAACUGGAGGAAGAAGUUGAGGAGCAGGAAGAACCAGAGUCUUCUCCUGCAGUAGAGAAGGAAGUUGAAGUGCAGACAGAAACGGAAAUCCCCUCCCCAAAGGAGAAUGAGGUUGGAAUGAAGAGGGAUGCUGAAGCUCCUCUAGAAAUGGCGAGAGAGACUGAGACACAACCAGAGCCGGAGGGACAGUGUUCUACGGCCACACUCCAGGCCCCCAAUAUCCCCAUCCGGCAGAGGAUGAGGGAAUCCGUGCAGGAGCCUGCAAUUCCCCAGGCUCGCCCCGACCUGCUUGCCCUCAAUGCUCUGCACCUCAUGGAGCAGGCCCAGCAAUCACUCCUCACUUUGACUGAGGAGUACCUGGGUGGAGCAUCUAGGAACUAUCGGGCUAUAGUGCUCCUGAAGGAGAGGGAAAUGGCUGCUAGGGCUUUACAACAGAGGGUCGACUCCCUGGAACAACAAGUCCAGGUCCUACAAGCAGAGAAUGCUCGGCUCAAGGUAGAUGGCUCAAUGGAGCUAGCAGUUGAGAGAUCCAAGGUCCAAUCCCUACAAGAGCAGGUUGCCAGUUACCAAAAGGGGACCCAGGACCUGGAGGUGCAGUUUGACAGAUUUCAGGCACAAAUCUCCAUCCUGGAAUCACGGGCCUCAGCUUCAGAAGACCAGGUAGGAAGCCUGAAAGCUGAGUUGGUUGAAAGGGAAUCCAGGAUUUUUGAGCUGGGGAAUUCUCUCCAGGAGGCCAAGUAUGAGGGUUCCCGUCUUAACGAGCUUGCGUUGAAGCACAUGGAAGCAAGACGGCUUACCCUCGAGAAGUUGAAGGAAGAGAGACAGGCUGCAAGCGAGCUCCGGUUAAAGACGGGUGAACUGGAGAAGACAAUUGCCGCCCAUCAAGAGGAGGUGAUCACCCUGACUGCCCGGGUCGAAGCCCUGUAUGAAGAAGGGAAAUUUGAUAUGCAACAAUGCAUCUACGAGGCAGUCCAGAGUGGUCUCCCAGAGAACUGAUCCUUGGAUGACUUCAUCUCCUACUAUGGGUUACCUCUCCCUCUUUCUCCCCCAGCUUCUCCUGAAAAUCCGGGGCCUUGACUUUAUCCCUCAUACUGUUGUAUUCUGCUUUGUGACAUCCAGAUGUAGUAAAUUGAUAACAUUUGA